GGAACGGUCUCAGUAAAACUUACGGUUAGAAAUCCAAGACGUUCAAAGUUACAUAUCCAUAGGCGUGGCUCAGGUAUGUACACAUGUACCUCUUGUACCUUUUAUCAGGUUACGCAAACACGCAUGAUCUUCCUGCAACUUCGAUAUACCGUUGUACAUAUCGUGCCUGUAGUCAUCCAUCUCUAAUUCAACCAACCACGUCACCGAUUACCUACCUAUCCGAAGACCCUCCAAAAUCUAGUAAGCAGGCUGCUCGACUAUCUUAAUUCGACGACCAUCUACCACGGCCUCUCCUUUUCCAUUAAGAUACUCUCCGCGAGAGUCUCGACAAAGCCCAGCCACAGCCAACGAAUGAGAGGAAAGGAGCAUCUAUAAUCCAAGAAGGAAAUCGAUUCAAACCAUCAUGGCCAACCCCCUCGACACCGACGCCGGCUCCGAGCUCUUCGGCAGCUACGAAGCCGAAUUCAAGCUCGUCCAAGCCGACCUGACCCAAAAGCUAGACCAGAUCCCCGAGCUGAGCGGCGAGCCGCGCAAAUCCGCCAUCAGCGCCGCCGAGCGAGCCCUCGAGGAAGCCGACGAACUGCUCGGCCAGAUGCGUCUCGAAAAGCAAAACAUCCCCUCGUCCACGCGGCCGAAGAUCAACCAGCGGUUCCGGAACUUCGAGACGGACGUCGACUCCUACAAGCGCAAGCUCGCUUCCCUGGCCUCCGACCGCGCCGCCCUCUUCGGCAGCCGGUACACGGACGACCCGUCCAAGGCCUCGCCGUCGGACCUGCAGCUCGAGCAGCGCCAGCAGCUGCUCUCGGGCACCGACCGGCUCGACCGGAGCACCCAGCGCCUGCGCUCGAGCCAGGCCCUCGCCAACGAGACCGAGGCCAUCGGCGCCGGCACCCUCGCCGACCUGCACGCCCAGCGCGAGCGCAUCGCCCACACGGGACAGAUCCUGUACGAGAGCGAGGGAUAUGUGGAUAGGAGUGUGAAGACGCUGAGGGGCAUGGCUCGUAGGAUGGCUACGAAUCGGGUGAUUACCAUCGCCAUUAUCACGGUGUUGGUGAUCCUGAUCUUCGCCGUGAUCUACAGCAAGUUCAGGUGAACAGGCAAGCACUACGAAGAGAGGAGAGGAGAAUCGCUCGCCCUACCGUGCCACCCAACUAGCUGACCACGAAGCUAGGCCGAACCAGUCGGCCGGCCGUGGUUCAGGGGAGAAUAGGAGAGACGAGUGGAUGUGACAUUUGUAAAUUUUUUCCAUCCUGUAUGUCAAGUGUAAUGCCGAGAGCAGUUUGCAGUUACAAGAACGGCGUUUUGGGAGCGUUAAACAAGGGGUGGGCCAUUGGGAAGAUUCUCAUUAUCACGGUCGUUUCUUCGUACAUAUUCCCUCCCGUAGUCUUCAGAGACUACGUAACGGAUUGGCUUUGACUUCGCAUUAAUCAAGACUAAAGACGUUUGACGG